UAUGGGAUCAUUACACAAGAACUAAGGAGGACAGAGACAUGUGUUUAUACAACUAUUGCCAGAAGGAAUACUCGUUUCUCACCACAUCAGGGACCACAAACCUGAAGAAGCAUCUUGAAAUCUGCAAAAAUCAUCAAAUGUGGUUAACUAGCAAAAAAGAGAAACAAAAAAGUAUUGGUGAUGAUGGGAAGCUCAAGACAUGUAAGCUUUCUGAAACUGUUUUUAGAGAAGCCACAAAUGAGAUGAUUCUGUUGAGACAAUUGCUUUUAGCGUUUGUUGAUAGUGUGGCAUGUAAGCAUUUUUGUAAAAAGGCAAUGCUGUACACUCCUCAUUCAAGAAGGACCUCAUCUAAAGACAUCGUAAAGAUGUAUGUGGAGAAGAAAGAGGCAUUGAAGAGAUGUUCUUAUGCAAUAAGCAACGUGUGUCCAUCACUACUGAUAUACGGGUUUCCCAAACAACAGGUGCUAGUUACAUGGUGACCACAGUGCACUACAUUGAUGCUUUGUGGCGCUUGAAAAAACUGAUAAUAGGCUUCAAGCACAUCACGGAUCACAAAAGUCAGACUAUAGCUAAUGUUUUGCUAGAUUGCUUGGCUGAAUGAGGAAUUUAGAAGGUCUUUCGUAUUACUGUUGACAAUGCUAUUGUGAAUAGUUCUGCGUUAAGGAAGUUCCAUAAUGCAUUUGCCUUAGUGUCUGAGUAGUCUCUUGUCUUACAUGGUGAUUUCUUGCACAUGAGGUGUAGUGCUCACAUAAUAAAUUUGAUUGUGAGGGAUGGAAUGGCAGAGAUAGACCAGAAUGUGGCUGCUAUCCGCAACGCUAUUGUCUAUGUCAGAUCACUACAAAUAGGCUGAGGUCUUUUGAGCUAAAGGUGGACUCGGGUAAGAUCACAAGAGGAAGCUUGCCUUUGGACGUCAAGACAAGGUGGAAUUCAACGUAUCUGAUGUUGACAACAGCGUUGAAAUUCAAGGUAACAUUCGACAAGAUGGAGGCAUAACACAAAUUGUACAACGACUACUUCAGUGAGUUAGAGAAUGGUUCUACAUGGGUUGGUCCUCCUCAUCAUAUGGAUUGGGCUGCAGUCGAGAAACUUUGUUGGUUUCUUGUCAUAUUUUACAACUCAACACUGGUGGUAUCAGCCUUAACUUAUCUCAAUGCGCAUGUGUUAUGGCGAGAUAGUAACCAUUGCAACAAAUCUGAUGGCACUCAUCGACAGCUAUGAUUCUGAGUUGAAGUCGAAGGCAACAGAAAUGUUCAAAAAGUUCGACAAGUAUUUGGAUGGUCUCAAGAACUUGAACAAGAUGCUGAUGGUUGCGACUGUCUUUGAUCCCACCAAGAAGUUGGAGCUUGCAAAGAUGUUCUUUGAGGAAUUGUAUGGGCUAGAAAUUGUCGAAUACAAGGUGGUGUACAAGUCCUUGAUUACUGUCUUGAGAAGUCUGUUUAAAGAAUACAGUGUAAGACAUGGAAAUCCUUUUGAUCCAGAUGACCAAUCAUCUCAGCCUAGCAACAAAUCUCAGUCUUCUCUAGAGCAGCCUAGCAACAUUGAGAUAGUGGAUGAUUGUGCUGGUUAUAGGAGGAUCGAUGUGAGAUACAAGUAUAAGCUGAACGAGAUUGGGUUAGAGAGAAAAGGGAUGAAUUAGAGACUUACCUCAGAGAAAGUGUCGAGAACCCAGAUUUUAUGGUUGGAAUGGAUUAUGAUGUGCUGUCGUGGUGGAGGACAAACUCAACCAGAUUUCCAGUGUUGUCUGAGAUUGCUAGAGAUGUUUUAGCAAUGCAAGUGUCAUCAGUUGCUUCAGAAAGUGUUUUUAGCACCAGCGGUAGGAUUCUAGAACCACAUAGGAGUUGUCUUACUCAUUUUAUGGUUGAGGUUUUAAUGUGUUCAGAGCAGCAGAUGAAACAAGAUCUUGAGGUGGAGAUAUGACAGCCUUCAAAUGCACAAGUUCUUGUUGAUCUUGAAAAGAAUCACAAACUUGAAAGAGGUAACAAUAUUAGUUCUUACUUCAAUCUAUUUUUCUUAUUACUAACAAUAUAAAUGUAUAUUUUAAACAUUGUUUCUAACUUCCAUUUUGCAG